AAUUCCAGCCUUCGAAACACCCUUGGCUGUGUAGCACACACCAUUCACCCCCAUCCUUUGGUUUCUCUCAUAGAGUAUAGCACACCCGUCAUACAGCCCUACGACGAAAAGCUUUUUUCGCUACCCCACGAGAGUGAAAGAGACAACAGCCUAAACACAAAUAUACACAAACAAAUAAACAGAUGUAGGAAACGGAAGAUGCCGUACAGUGCUUAGACAAAAUGGCUAACGCUUUCUGGUUCGGCAAUUUACCGUUAAUUUGCACCAUACAUUUAUCAGAGUAUGUGUGCGUGAGAGAAAGAGAAGGAGAGUGCAAGAAGCAAAUCUGUGUGCGGGAGAGUGUAAAUAUGAAUAUAAUCGCAUUUUAGCAAGCAUUUAAUCUUUACCCUCGCAUCUCCAUAUGCUCGCUGGCAGCUCAGCAAUUAUUAAUGCAUCUUAUCCUGCCGCCACCAAGGAGUUUAUGGCGUCCGUCUUGCCAUAACUGUCAGUGUUUAUUUGUAAUUCGUUUAGCGUUGUUUAACUUUUGAGGACAUCCAAUCCCAAGUUCUGUUUGCGGUGGGCCGAAAUGCCACAACGCUUUUCUAAGUUAAAAGAUUUAACGUCUCCGGUGUUAGACAGUUGUUCUUUUCGCGUGGCUGCGACCUCAACAAUUUACGGAUAAUACAGAACAGAAAAGAAAUCUUGUUUUUAAACCUUAGAUAUUCGGUUUCACUAUUCAACCGUCGGCAAUUAAAAAACAAUAAAAACUAGUGAAUAAAAAAGAGAAAAAAAACAAUAAAAAAUAAUAACUUAAAAAAAUUAAAACCUUUACCAAUUAAAUUACUAAAAUUGCAAUGCACAAUCAGAACUCAAAAUCAUUUUUAAUUCGAGAUCUUUUGGGGGAUUUAAUCAACCAUCAGCAACAGCAUCCAGAAGAUGAAUCCGAUUUGUCGGACAACAAUUCAGAUAUAGACAUUGAGGAUCGUUCUUCUCCCGAUUCGGAAGCCUUGAAUUGCCACUACAGUGGCGGUGGAAAUUCCAUGACAAAUGGCCAUUUCAAUCUAAGCAACAAUGAAUCUAGUUUGGAUUCCUCGCCCUACCACAAUGAAACCGAUGCUCCAUCCAGUGGGCCUUCACAGACACCAUCACAUUCAAAUUUUCUCUCCGACUCCAAACUGAAUUUGGUAAAGAGUGGCCGAAAGCCUAGACGCAGACGCACAGCUUUCACACAUGCCCAGUUGGCAUAUUUGGAGAGAAAAUUUCGUUGCCAAAAAUACUUGAGUGUAGCCGAUCGCAGUGAUGUGGCGGAGACUCUAAAUCUAUCAGAGACACAAGUGAAAACGUGGUAUCAAAAUAGGAGAACAAAAUGGAAACGUCAAAAUCAAUUGCGUCUGGAGCAGCUGAGACAUCAAGCUACCAUGGAAAAAGAAUAUGUAGCCGAUGGAUCGGGAAAUCCCUUGGGCUGCUGCCCUCCUGGUCUAUCAACAUUCAAUACCACAAAUCCCUGCAAUUUUCUCACAUCUGCUGCAGCGGCGGCCCUUUUCCGUAAUGUUGGCUAUGUUCAUGGAUGUCCUCUGUAAGAGAACAGCGAUUCCCUUUGGAAUGUUGAUAGCCCGCAAAAUAAAUAAUACAUAAAUAUUUGUUAAUUAAUUUUUAAUGUUUUGUAUAUAGAAGAAUUAGUCAGUGCCAGCAAUGUGCAAUACGAAUAUGUAUUUUGAUUUGUGAUUUGAUUUAAUAAAAAAAAU